AUGAAGCUUUCGAAACCGAAUUCAUACGUGUCAUACGCGAACUUCGUCGAAGGAGGACCUGUUGCUUCGAAUAAUAAUAUUAAUAGAAAUACCCAUGAGAGACGAGCGCAGCCAUUGAAGAUUAUUGUGCGCGGCAAGAAUCCCAAGGCGGAUAAGUUGCUUGAUCUUCUUGAACAUGGAAUAUUCGACGCCAUUGAGAAAAACUUUCUGGAAGCUUUGCAGAUGACCAUCUUCGUCGAUAAGACGAAGUCCUCGCACGUGCUGGAAAGUUAUACUUUCACCUUUAAGUAUACACCUGCAGCUACGGGCGGGGGUGGAUGUAAACAAAAGGACGGCGGCGAUGAUGUCGGCAAGCAGUUGGCGAGCGUCUCCCUCGAAUCGACUGGUUGUACGGCGGAUAUGAAAACUGUCAAGACGGCACGACAUGGUUUGGAGAUGAUUGUUCGCCGCUUGAUUACGCUGAGCGCGUUUUUGCCUAUGCUGCCGAAUGAACGGUACAUGGAGUUACAUCUCUUUUACACUGACGGUUCUCCUCCCGGGUACGAACCGCCUGGAUUUAAGGCAGCAGAGCAUAACGAUCUAUUAUUUGCGCAGAAUGAGAUGUGGUCCAGGGAAACACAAUCGUGUGGUGCUAUGGAGACGGGGAUCCACAGUGUUGGGCUGAAGAUUAGUUCUUUGAAAUGGUCUGGGACGGACUACCCGAGCUCGGAAUAUGUGCCAGAAAUCCCAGCGGAUAUUGGGUAUAGCAAUAGAGUUCGCCGUGAUGAAGACAUUGGUAUUAGCGAGAUGGAUGUUGCUGUUCAGGACCUUGGAUUGUCGACUCAGGGUUCUAGCCAGGUUUCGACCCAGACCCGCCAAGAUGAAGCUUUUAAGAAAGAUCUACAGAAGAUGAUUCCGCCCGUAACUUCAACCCCUGACAGCGAUUUUAUUCCGACUCAGAGGAAUCCCGACUGCCUCCAAAUUGCAACAGCAAAGCCACAGCUUUCCCAAGUCAAGCUGUCCCAGCUAGGAGCGCGGAACCAGAUGUUCUCCGGUGAAACUUCACUUCAUUACGAUCAGAACAAGGGACACUCUGGUCAUAUCAACCCUGACGUGGUCCGUUGCGAGUGUGGAUCGAAUUCAGAGAAUCGCGACAUGCUCCAAUGCGCUUUCUGCAGAACUCGGCAGCAUUUGACCUGCUAUGGAUUCAUCCAUGCACAGGAUCCAGCCAUCCCAGAGACUCAUGCGUGUUACAAAUGUCUUCUUGAACCGCAAGAAAGGCAUCUUGUGCAGGAUAUGCGGACGCUGGUUCUGUUGCGUCGGGCUCUUCGGGUCAUUAUUGAAGAGGGUUACCCGAAUCGAGUUCGGGAUUUUGCUCAGAAGUUGAAUUGCAAUGGCCAGACAAUUGUCCAGAUUACGGAUAUGUUGAGGAAGCAGGGAUUUCUGCUCGCCACCCCUGGAUCUAAGUCGAAAGGGUUCCUAGAGAAGGGGCUUCCGAAGUUCACGCUCUCCACAGAAACUGCUGUUAAGCAGAGGCUUCGGAACGAGAUCUUUAACCCGCUCGCGAAAAUAACUCACCAUGUAUGUUUAUUCUUCUCCUGUGGCUGCGGUACAGUUGACUGGCAAGUGGCACACUAA